GGAAAGUCUCUGGGGAGUCUCAAGUCGACUUUAUCAGAGUCCCAACAUCCAUAUAUGCUGUGCACAGUAUAGAAUCAUUCCACGCCUUGGGUGUGAACCAAUUAUUUGUGGCUUCGUUAACUUGGGAUUCCCAUUACCCCGGUACCACAUGUUUCGCUGUGCGUUUCGCCCCUUCUCGCCUUUCCCUCGCACCAGCGUCGGUCCUACGGCGCGGUACUUUCAUCGGGUCACGACAGACUUCGUUGCCCAUGAUGUGAAAGGAAAUCUGGUUACUAGAAAGGUGCCUGUUAUUGUUGGCGACCCUGGGGAAACAUAUGUUUUAAUUGAGCCGGCGGUUGGUAGUGCUCUCCGUGCUGCCAGUCCAUUUGCAUCAGCUUCCGCAGCUCGCGCUGAAGAUAGAUGUAAACUUACAUUUUUCCACGAUUCGCAACAUUUUGGAUAUGAAUCAUCGAGUUAUCCCCGCCUUUAUGUCCCAUGCCAGAUCCCUCGCCAAACAGAGUCAAAUACAAGCCCUGCAACUUUAUUCUUGAGCGGAAAGAUGCACGAGAUAGUCCUAGAUGGAACCCCCGAUGCAAAAUUUGCCGAGAAGGCAAACGCUACUGGCCAGAACCUUGCCAGUGUACUUCACCAGCUGAAGGAUAUGUGAUUUCGAGUUUUUUUUUUUUUUUUUU